GAUAUCAUCGAUGACGUAUAGAAUAUUGUGUAGUAACGGGUGUAUAGUUUGUGAAGGAAGAUCUUUUAGUUUCAGUCAAUCGCGAGCAGUCGACCAGAUUUCCCGCCUUUAAGAAAUUAAUUAAGGCCUAAAAAUGUCUCAUUCUGUGACAAUUCGAACACAAACAGUGACGAGCAGCUCAUCAGCUAUUAUCAUUAAUACUGGCUACUUGAAAUCAUGGAGUGGACUUUUAAAAGUCCUUGAAUUGGCACUUGGCAUAGUAUGUGUUGGACUGAUGGGAUAUUUAUUCGAUAAAUAUUACCUAAUAGGUUAUAGUUAUUCCUAUAUUAUGAUUCCACCUUCAUUAUUUUAUUUCUUAAUAGUUACAACAUUUAUGAUAACAACUUUUAUAUUAUUAUUAAGCUUCACAGCAUCAAUUUCAACGGAAUCUAUUUUAACAAAAACUGUUUUCGAACUCAUAUACCAUGGAUUAGCAUGUUUACUGAUAUUAAUUACGGCUGUGGUACUUUUUAUUAAAUUGGACAAAAGAAUAGUUCGAUCAUCAGAUCAGUAUAAUCUACUUUUAGCGUCAGCUAUUUGUGCACUGAUCAAUUCAGUUUUGUACCUUUUAAGCGUCAUCAUCGCUUUCCGUUCUUACAGAGGAUUAUAAAAAUUUUAUCAAUGAUUUGACAUAAAAAUUCUUUUUUAAAAUUAAAAAUUUAAAUUACAAUUGUAUUAAAUAUUCUAUUUUACAGUAGAACCUCUGUAAGUGGAAAGGUAAAAUCUACAUUUUCAACUUCAGUUACACUAAAAACUGUUUUUUUUUUUAGUAUAUUUUAUAAAAUAAAUUUUAACUGAAUCGACAAAUUAUAAAAUAGAACCUCAAUAAGUUAAAGUUCAAAAUGAAAUCAUCAAUAUUAUUGAGGUACUAUUGUAAUAAUGAAAAAAAUUUUAUAACUUAGUUAUUGUAUAUUAAAUUAUAAUAUGAUUAUUUUAUAAUAUAAUUAUUUCAUAGAAUAUAUAAUUAUUUUAUAAAAUACGUAGCAAUAUUAUAAUUUAAUAUAGAUUAUUGUAACAGUAUCAUACAAAAAAAUAAUAAUGUCACUCAUAAUAUUUAAAUAAGAUGUAAGAAAUUUAUAGUUUUUAAAUUAAAAAAAAAAAUUUCAUGAAUGUUGUCAAUUUAAAAAAUAAUUACUUUUUUAAUAUUAAUCUUUAAAUACUGCCAUUAUUAGUAUAUAUAGAUUAAAUUAAUUUUUUUUUUUAUUAACUAUUGUCUACGCACACUAAAAAAAAAAAAAAAAAAUUGUCUAAAUAUUGUGUAAUUUUUUUUACACUUGCUUCUGAAUAUCGAACUGAAUUUUUGAAAAAAUUUAUACAAUGUACUUAAAGAAGAAUUAUUUAUAUUAUAUUUCAAAAUAAUAUGUGCCUAAAAAUAUAUUUUUUACGAAACCUUGAAAUGUCAGGGUCAAAAAAAAUAUAUUUCAAAUUUUAUAAAAUAUUUUAGAUAAGUUAAAAAAAAUUGUAUUUUAUUCUUUUAAGAAAAUUUAUAUUAUUAUAUUGAAAUAUUAUAAUUUUAUAAAAGAACAAGUACAAUCAUGUUACGCUUAUAUGUCCUCAAUACUUAUUGUGGCUUUGAAAAGUGCUUUAUUCGUCUGACAUUGAAAUAUAUUCGAAAUUAUAUAAUUAAUGUUAUAGUGAUGCAAUGAGAAAUAAGUAGAAAGCAGUAUUUUUCAAAGUUUUUU